AUGGUUAAAUGUACCAACAAGGUCAGAACUGUUGGUAAGUAUGGAACACGUUAUGGUGCAUCCCUCAGAAAAAUGGUGAAGAAAAUUGAAAUUAGCCAGCAUGCCAAGUAUACCUGCUCCUUCUGUGGCAAGGCCAAAAUGAAGAGACAGGCUGUGGGUAUCUGGCAUUGUGGAUCCUGUGUGAAGACAAUAGCUGGUGGUGCAUACAAUACCACCAAUGCAGUCGCUGUCAAAUUUGCUUACAGAACAUUGGAAGAACUAAGAGAUCAAAGGCCCCCAGAUAGAGCUCAGAAAACAGCAGCAUGA